UGCAACACUUAAGUUGACAUUUGACAGCACUGAAGUCAGUCAGCCGGCUAUAAUAACAAUAAGAAACACACGUAUUCUGGUGGCUGUUGCAUAAAAUUCAUUUUGAACACUUUUACCUGCUACAAGCUUCACAAAAUGUAUCGCAAGACGGGCAUACAAUUGAUGCGUAUGAGCAUGGCGCCCACAAGGCGUGGCCAAGCGAACAGCACACAACAGAAGCAGACACCACCACCACCACCACCACCGCCAUUGCGUCCGCGUGCCAGCGCCCUGACGGAUGAGAUAAUACGUGUGGAUCAUGCUGGCGAACUGGGCGCCGAUCGUAUCUAUGCUGGCCAAAUGGCCAUAUUGGGCAACGGGCCCAUGGGCAAGACCAUUGAGCAUAUGUGGGAGCAGGAGAAAGACCAUCGCAAACAGUUCGAGCAGUUGAUACAGCAGCAUCGUGUGCGUCCCACAAUCAUGGCUCCCAUUUGGAAUGUGGCGGCAUUUGCGUUGGGCGCUGGCACUGCGCUGCUGGGCGAAAAGGCGGCCAUGGCCUGCACUGUGGCCGUGGAAACGGUCAUUGUGGAGCACUACAACGAUCAACUGCGUCAAAUCAUGGAAUCACCCAAUCCGGAUAAGGAGCUGCUUGCGACAAUCACAAAGUUUCGUGACGAGGAACAGGAACAUCACGAUACGGGCAUCGAUUGUGGAGCCGAGCAGGCGCCCUUCUAUAAGGCUAUUACCGAGGUCAUUAAAUUUGGCUGCAAGACGGCCAUAGCCAUAUCGAAGAAGAUCUAAGCUCCGCUGAGAUCGAGUUGUGCGCGUGUAUGGGGUGUUUAGUUAUAGAAGCUUAAGCAUUAAAGAUACGA